UUGUGAGUGCUGAGAAUCAGCUGUGACUUGGGCAGGUGUGUGACAACAUGUUUUCUUGGGGAGAGGACAGUCACAGGGGCUUCUUGCUAAAAGAUCGCUCAAAUAUUGGCCCCCCUAAAGCAGAGGGGCUUCAUCAUCUCCAGCUCAGUUAUCACCUCACGGCUCUGUCUGCGGGUCACACUGUGGUCGCUUUCCUCAAAAGUAAUGGCAACGCGUUUAUCAUUCCCACCACUGAGAGGAAAGAUGGGAGAAGAGUCAGAGGAAAACAGAAGUAUGUGAAUUUUAAAGACAAGAUAAAGGCUGUUAGUUGUGGAGAUGAUACUGUCACACUGCUGUCUGAGAGAGGACAAGUUCUCUGUGCGGACAAAAAGCUUGUUCCAAGGCCUCUGAAGAUGUUGUGUGCAGUUUCGCAGGUCGCCUGUGGGAGCCAUCAUUCAGUUGCCCUGACCAAAGACGGCCGGGUUUUUGUAUGGGGCCAGGGCUCCAGGGGCCAGCUGGGUCUGGGGAAACAGCAGCCCAGCACCAAAGGCCCACAACACCUCAAAUCUCUGUCAGCGAUCCCUCUGGUGCAGAUAGCUGCAGGGGGGGAGCAGAGCUUCGCCCUCUCUGUCUCUGGAGCGGUGUUCAGCUGGGGCGGGAACCACUGUGGGCAGCUCGGCCUGGGAGACACUACAGACAGACAUACACCAACUCCUGUUCGUUGUCUGAACUUGAAGAAAACUAUUCACGUUUCCUGUGGAAAGGACCACACCGCUACUUUGACAAAGGACGGUGCAGUGUUUACAUUUGGCUCUGGUAAAUAUGGACAGCUCGGGCACAACUCAUUCAGAGAUGAACUACGACCUCGGCUUGUUGCAGAGCUCUGGGGGGCAAAGGUCACCAAGAUCGCUUGUGGAAGACAUCACACAUUGGUGUUGAUGGACUCCAAGAGGGUCUACUCCUUUGGGUGUGGAGAGCAGGGGCAGCUGGGACAUGGAAAGGAGAGUCAUCCAUCUGUGCCGCUACCUGUUCAACUGCCAAAAGACACCAGCGGAGAUGCUGUAAUUAGAAACAUCUUCGCAGGGGGAAACUGUUCGUUUGCAACUUACACGUCGACUGAGGAUGUACAGCAGGAGGCAAACACUGUCAGAGUCAACACUGUAACACACUGUCUUGAUCACAUGAUCGACAAAUGGACCGCUGAGUGUGAUUCAAAGUCUUGGAAACAGAUAAAACAGGAAAUUUGCAGGAUGUUUUCCUCUGUUUCCUGUGUGAAUGCAAGCUUCCUUGAGAAAAGCAAAGAUGAACAUUUCCAGACUUCACCAAAGUACUGUGGCCUGAACCUGCCAAUAGCACAACUUGCUUUCCAGAAACUGGUAAAGAAGGACAAAGUGUUUGCAGAGGUUGAAAAUGCUCUCUUGCACUUGCCCUCCUCCCUUGAUAAGAAGCCAGUGGGAGUGGAGGGGUUGAGGAUCUUCCUGAUCCUCAAUGAGCUCCUGCAUGUCAUCCAGAACCACCAAUCUCCUCUAAAGAGCAUAAAGCUCGCUAAGGCGGUCUCUGCUGCUGUAUUAAACUUGUCUGCUGGCAGCCUCCAGGUCAUAGGGGACUGGUGGACCUCACUGCCACCCUCCACCAUGAUUACACAUGUUGAGGUGUGGAAGCAGGCCCUCUCGGUGAUCCUGUCUGACAAACCUGAUCUUCGAAACUCAGAAGUCAGAAACCUGCUACUAGUCCUCCAGCAUAUGUACAACGUCAAUAGCAGGACUGCAGAACCUCAGAAGAUUCCAGAGAGUGAAUUCUGUUUGUUGAUGAACAAAAACAUGUAUUUGGAAGAUUGGCUGCUUUGGCGUUUGGGAUCACAGUACAAGAGGAAUACUGAGCCACUUAUCCUUUGUAGCUUUCCUUCUGUGAUGGAUCUGGAGUCGAAGAAAUAUGUUUUUGACCUGAAUGUUCAUUACACCAAGUUUAAAGCACAAAAUCGCAUUACCUGUGAAAUCACUCGCGAAAACGGAGUGCCUCAGCCUCAAGACCUUGUUUUUGAAGUGGACGUGAGGCGAGGUUCAGUUUUGAAAGACACCUUCGAACAUCUGGCUCUUACUAAUCAGAGUCACUACAAGAUUCCACUUGUGGUUUAUUAUGAUACAAACUUGGCCGGCGUAAGGGAUUUGUAUGGCUACGUAAAAGACUUUUUUUACGAAGUAUUUCACGAGAUGGUGUCAGCUGAAACCGGGAUGUUCAUGUACAAUGACUCCAAGACACUGGCAUGGUUCCCAUCCAAAGCAGCACCAGAGGACCAGAGGUACUUACACUUUGGGGUUCUGUGUGGAUUGGCCUUGUACAACCAGUGUAUCCUUCACCUACCCUUCCCACUGGCUCUUUUCAAGAAGCUGCUCGGUGUGAAGCCUUCACUGGGGGAUAUGAUGGAAUUCAGCCCCUGUGUUGGAGAGUGUCUGAAGAACAUCCUGGAAGACUACACAGAUGAUGAAAUAGAAACCCUCGACAUGGAUUUCUCGAUCAACUGGGAUGGAACAAACAUUGACCUGGAACCUAAAAAUCCUGUGAAGCUUUUGACAGGUCAAAAUAAGAAGGAGUAUGUUGAAGCCUACGUGAAUCAUGCCUUCAACACAUCAGUGCAGGGUGUGUUUCAGGACUUCAAGCGGGGAUUCUUCCAGGUGUGUGAGGAGGAUUUGGUGAAGCUGUUCCGACCACAGGAGCUGCAGGGAGUGCUGGUGGGCAAAGACUUCAAUGACUGGGCUAAACUGAAACAGGCCACAGUUUAUGAGGGGGCGUACAACACGACCCCUCAGCACCGCACCAUACAGAUGUUUUGGGAGGUUUUUGAUGAUCUAACGGAGGAUCAGAAGAAAGCUUUCCUUUGGUUUGUGACCGGUUUUGAACGGGUGCCUAUUCUUGCCAUGGAAAAGUUCACAAUGAAAAUCCAAAUUCAAGAAGUCGAAGACUACCCUGACGAGUACUACCCCAAGGCACAUACAUGUUUCUCAGGCCUGGAGCUGCCCUUGUACUCAACAAAAGAGAUUAUGCGAACCAGGCUGACCGAGGCUCUGAGCAGCAAUAAAAUCAUCUUCAAAGAUGCUGGGCUGAACUCUGAUGGUGUCUAGUCCAAACAGAAGACUGGACAUUGUCAUUGAGCACUUUUUAAACAAAGAAGCACCCUUUGUAGUAUUGCUACCUGUUUAUUAGCAAACUGUAUGGCUGGGAAAAUAUUGAUUAAUAGGAUGAAGUGCGUGGUGGGUUUGUAUCAGAUAUCCUUCCGUAAUAGCAAAAACGCUGAUAGAGAGUAUACUCUAUCUUUGCAUGUAUUUACAUAUUUCAGAAAAGCCCUAUUUAAGUAUUAUUGUCAGAUAAUAAAGGGUGUGACCUUUUUUUUAAAAAUAUUUUGGUAAGUUAUAUUACUAAUUAUCCGUUUUCUUUCUUGUUAUCCCACUGUCUACUAAGCAAUAGGACCCCCCUCUCUCAAGGUGUUUGGUUCUUUCCAGUUGGAACAAUUCCCUACUGGACUGUGUUUGUAAAUUGUUGAAUUAUUGCUGAGUUAUUGUUUCUCCGACGAUUUUAAGGGAGCAAGUUCCUUUAUUUGUUGCUCUUUACUUUACUAAAUUGCCAAAUGAUCAUUGGAGCGAGGGGCGGGGCCAAACUCGGAAGUCAUUUUGAAACAAAAGGCCUCUCCUGGUAAAGGACACCUGUAUUGAUGGUAUAAGAAAGUUUUAGCAUAUCUUGGGAAUUUUCUGGACAGGAGGGAGAGAGGCUUUCAUGGUCUCACAGCUUAUGUUGAUAAGACUCGUUGUGGAGAACAGGGUAAAGGAGAGAGGAAAGGAGGAAAUGUGGAGGCAUGAGAAGUCCUUCCCUCUGAAGCAGCUCGUGAAGCGACAUGCCGACAUUUCUAUUCUUUAUGUUGUAUCUUUAAAACAUGUUGAUAUUGUUCAUACUUGGUUUUAUUUAUUGUUUGUGUUAUCUGGGUCAUGUGUAGAGAGCCGACUGUGUGUGUUCAACAGCAAUCAUAGAUCAACACAUCAAUUGUUUCUGGAAACACCUGCUGUACACAAAUAAAAGUUCAAACAAUUUA